AUGAAGCUCGAUGCGACAGAUCUUAGAUAUGUUACCUCAGACGAGUUUCGAGUCUUGACUGCAGUAGAAAUGGGAUCGAAGAAUCACGAAGUGGUCCCCAGCCCUCUGAUAGCACAAAUAUCUGGUCUUCGGAAUGGAGGGGUCAACAAGAUGCUAGGCGAUUUAACGAAGAGAAAUCUCGUGGCCAAGGUGCAGAAUUCCAAGUAUGAUGGUUAUCGCAUGACGUAUGGAGGCCUUGACUACCUGGCUUUGCGUGCAUUGUCGAAGAGGGAUUCCAUGUAUUCCGUCGGAAAUCAGAUUGGGGUCGGUAAAGAGUCCGAUAUCUAUAUUGUCGCAGACGCGGAGGGGAAUGAGAUGGUUUUGAAGCUUCAUCGCCUUGGUCGGAUCUCUUUCCGUGCAAUAAAGAACAAGAGAGAUUAUCUAGGCAAGCGCAAGUCAGCUUCUUGGAUGUACAUGUCCCGACUAGCUGCUCAGAAGGAGUGGGCAUUCAUGAAGGUCCUGCACGAACAUAAUUUUCCAGUACCAAAACCGAUUGACCAGGCUAGACACUGCAUCCUAAUGGAGUUUAUAGAUGCCUAUCCUCUCCGGCAAGUAUCGGAUGUUCCGUCGCCAGGCAAGCUCUACUCUACAUUGAUGGACCUCAUCGUCCGGUUUGCCCGCGCAGGGCUUAUUCACGGCGACUUCAACGAAUUCAACAUACUUAUCCGCCGCGACACGGGAGAGCCAGUCGUCAUUGACUUCCCGCAAAUGGUCAGUACCUCCCAUGAGAAUGCGGAAUGGUACUUCAACCGGGAUGUCGAAUGCAUUCGGAGAUUCUUCCGACGACGCUUCCGCUACGAGAGCGCUCUGUAUCCUCGAUUCAGAACGACUUUGGGCGAGACGCCCGAUGGCGAGGGCUUCCGAUUAGACGUAGUGGUGGCUGCUAGCGGUUUCAAGCAGAAGGAUAUGAAGACGUUGGGGGAGGUGAGCGCUUGA